AAGAAGAUCGUCCGCAGCGCCAUGAGCGGUGACAGUGGGAAUCGAGGCAGUGACAUGUGUCAGAAAAAAGUGGAUAAAUCUGCAUAGUCGCAAUUCACUUUAUUGCGAUUCACCAGUGCUUUAUCAGGCAAAUUAUUGUGCGAAAAUUGCCACGGGCGAGCCAGCUGAUACGUCCAAAUUCACUCCCUGACGCAAUCGGAAUUGAUAAUUCGAUUCGUGGAUGGAAAAUUAAUUCGGCGUGGAAUUAAAUAACAAUAGAGGCUGCCAGAGAAGUGACGUGUUUGGACACUGUUUUUGGUUGCUCGCGGACACUUUCGAGCUUCACAUUCAGGCGUUCAGGGAAGAGUUUCACACCCCGAAUCCAGGCCAGAGACCAGAGGGACAAUGCGGAGCGUGCGGACAAGCCUCACUCUCGGGAGGCUCGCCGUCAACAGCCAGAACAUCAAGGGACGAACAAGUUUGCUGUGCUUGGGAGCGGUUAACACAACAUCCAGUCAUCUGUCGAUAGAGCACCGGGGAUUUCACCUGUGCGCUCCCACAUGCAAGGCUGCCAAGGAUGGCGGAAGUGGUCCAACACCGCCCUCUGGCGGCGGCGGCGGCAGCAGCACUACAGGCAGCGGAGGCGGCAAGGAGCCGCCGUCAAAGAAGAACGUGCUGUCGUGUCCCAAGUGUGGCGAUCCCUGCUCACACGUUGAGACUUUCGUCACGUCGACGCGCUUUGUCAAGUGCGAGAAUUGUCACCACUUCUUCGUGGUGCUGUCGGAAGUGGAUUCGAAGAAGACGGUGAAGGAGGAGGUGAAGAAUCAUCGCCGCCCGCCGCCGCCGCCUAAGAAGAUCAUGGAGUACCUCGAUCGUCACGUGGUGGGUCAGGAUCUGGCCAAAAAGGUGCUCUCUGUGGCUGUGUACAAUCAUUACAAGCGCAUCUACCACAACAUCCCGUCGUCUGUGAACAACACCGCGGCGCAGAGUGAGACUCUGGCGCGCAACGAUCUCCUGCACAUCUCUGGGAUCGGGCACACAAUGAUGAGCAGCUCGCCGUCGGAGAUGCCGAGGGCGGCGCCGGCGCAGCAGGGCCCGGCGGUGGACCACGCCUCGGGAUCAGUGCUGCUGGACAAGCAGACGUACGAGCUGAAGCUGGAGAAGAGCAACAUCCUAAUGCUGGGGCCCACGGGUUCGGGCAAGACGCUGCUGGCGCAGACGAUCGCCAAGUGUCUGGACGUGCCCUUUGCCAUUUGUGACUGCACCACGCUGACGCAGGCUGGCUAUGUGGGUGAGGACAUCGAGAGUGUGAUCGCCAAGUUGCUCCAGGACGCCAACUACAGUGUGGAGCGCGCGCAGAUGGGCAUAGUCUUCCUCGACGAGGUGGACAAGAUAGGCGCCGUGCCGGGCAUCCAUCAGCUGCGCGAUGUGGGCGGCGAGGGGGUGCAGCAGGGCAUGCUGAAGAUGCUAGAGGGCACGAUCGUCAAUGUGCCGGAGCGCAACUCACCGCGGAAGCUGCGUGGGGAGACAGUGCAGGUGGACACGACCAACAUACUGUUCGUGGCCUCGGGCGCCUACACAGGACUCGAUCGUCUGAUCGCCAGACGCCUCAACGAGAAGUACCUGGGCUUCGGGAUGCCGGCGUCGUCGUCUGAGGGUCGCCGUGCCGCUCAGGCUGUCGCGUCGCCGAUGGACGACGACCAGGCGGAACGCGAUGCGUGCUUGAGGAAGGUGCAGGCGAAAGAUCUAGUGGAAUUCGGCAUGAUUCCGGAAUUCGUCGGACGCUUCCCAGUGCUGGUUCCAUUCCACAGUCUCGAUGUCAACAUGCUCGUGAGAAUAUUGACGGAGCCUCGCAAUGCCCUCGUGCCGCAGUAUCGUGCGCUGCUGGGAAUGGAUCAGGUGGAGUUGUCCUUCACGAAUGACGCUCUGCAGGCCAUCGCUGACCUGGCAAUGGAGCGCCAAACGGGCGCUCGUGGACUGCGAGCAAUUAUGGAGAAUCUGCUGCUCGAGCCGAUGUUUGAAGUGCCGGCGUCAGACGUGAAGGAGGUGCUGAUCGACGAGAAGUGCGUCCGCGGCAACUCAACGCCGCACUACGUUCGCAGUGCGAGUCCCGUGAGCUCGAAUUCGCCCAAGGACACCUCGCUCAGUCCCACGACGAAUCCCGAGGAGGAGGAGAGUACAAAAGUGCGCAUCCAGCAAUAACAAUCAGCCACAGAGCGCUGAAGGCCAUACAGAAAAGAGCUGCUGCUGCGAAAGAGUUUUUCAAUGACCUGCAACUUUCCGAUGAUUUCGAUUUUCUCUCAGCAAAAGUAUAAUUAUGGAAUAAUACAAGAUACAAUUUUAGGGGGUGUCAAAAUAUGAGAAAUUGCAAAAGAAAAAUAAACACACAAAAAAAGCGCUAAUAUAGACAAUGUGGGGGAAAUGAAGAGCAUAUUUAACUGGAAGAUCGCACGAAUAUACGCCGUUCGGAUGACGAUUUUAGGACAAAAAUAAAUGUGUUGAUUUUCACAAGAUUUAUUUUUAUUAAAAUUUCAAUGAACAUAUAGAGAA